UGUAAACAAACUGUCUUUGAAGUUGUUUUGGUUUUUUAGGACAAUUUUGCAUUUUUACUAAGUAAGCCGUACGGAACAAAUCUAGAAUAGUGUAAAGUUUACCGAUGGGUGCAUUCGAGUGGCCAUGGCAAUAUUCGUUUCCUCCGUUUUUCACGGUGCAGGUGCACGCGAAAACCAAAGAACAACAGCUAGCCACAUGGAAGGAACUGGUGUUAAACUAUCAGAAGCACAUGUGCCAGGCGCUGCUGAACAUUGCCGAAGAUACACCACUGUUUGACAACAAGGAAAUAUCGCGCAAGCUUUCCCCGGACGGUCGACUAUGGGUGAUGGAGGAGCUGGCUAAAACGGGUCACGCGGCCACCGUCGAUAAGCGGAAGCAGCAGUGGGAAGUGUACUGGCACACGCUGGACGAGUGGAGCAACAUCCUGUACGAUUGGGCCGUCGCGAACGGAAUGACCAAUACGGUUUGCACAACGUUUGAGCUGGUAGCGGGAGACACUACGGUUGGCGAAGAGUUCCACGGUCUGGACGAGGGGGUGUUGACGAAAGCGCUGAAGGUGCUCGAAUCACGGGGAAAGUGCGAAAUUAUCGUGCUGGAUGACGGUUCAGGGGUAAAGUUUUUCUAAGAGGAGUUCUAAAACACGCAGCUUCAGGGAGACAACGUGAAAUGUGAUUACAAUACAACCGCAAUACGUUCGGAAUC